UCCAGUGCUGAAAUUUCAGGUGUCAUUCCCACUUGGUUUUGGAACCUUUCGACUCAAUUUGAAUAUCUAAACCUUUCCCAUAACCAACUAGGCGGGGAGAUUUCAUAUUUAUUGAUGAGUUCGAUGGUUGACUUGAGAUCCAACCAAUUCACAGGUCCAUUGCCACGGGCAUCCUCUGAUUUGGAGUUUUUAUUUUUGUCUAAGAAUCUAAUUUCAGGAUCCUUAUCUAAUUUUCUUUGUAAUUUCCCACCAACUAAACUAGAAACUUUGAGCAUUCUUGACAUUGAAUCAAAUCAUCUGUCAGGUGCAAUUCCAGAUUGUUGGGUAAAUUUGCAAAGGUUGCGAGUCUUAAAUUUAGGAAACAACAAUCUAACUGGGACAAUUCCUAUAUCCUUGGGAUCUAUGCUUCUUAUUGAGUUAUUAAACCUUCGUAACAAUAACCUAGUUGGAGAAGUACCAUCCACAUUGGAUAACUUAUCUGAUAUGCUUAUUCUUGAUCUUAGUGAAAACCAUUUGACGGGAAGUAUUCCAGCAUGGAUUGGAGACGAGCUUUCAAAACUCGUGGUUCUAAACCUCCGCACAAAUAACUUUCAAGCCUAUAUUCCUGAUCGAAUAUGUUUUCUUAAUUCUCUUCAGGUCUUGGAUCUUGGUUAUAACAACAUUUCAGGAGCUAUUCCAAAAUGUUUUAGUAACUUAAGUGCCAUGGCCACAAAACCCUCCGACCAACACCUGAGUUACUGGGCUUUCGAAUUAGUCUUUGAUAACCUGUUUUAUUUGGAUGCAUUAUUGGUGACAAGAGGAAGAGAGGAUGAAUACAGUACCACACUUAGACUUGUUACUAGCAUAGACCUUUCAGUUAAUAGUCUCACAGGAGAGAUCCCCAAAGAACUUGGAAAUCUUAUGGGGCUGCGGUCAUUAAAUUUGUCAAAGAAUCUCCUAAUAGGAAAGAUACCAGAGAACAUUGGCAAUAUGGAGGUGUUGGAAUCUUUUGACUUGUCAAUGAACCGACUCCAUGGUGAAAUCCCUUCAAGUUUCUCCAAUUUGAAUUUCUUGAAUCACUUGAACUUGUCCUACAACAACUUGACGGGACAAAUUCCAUCGGGCACCCAGCUCCAAAGCUUUGACAGGUCUUCUUACAUUGGCAAUCACCUUUGUGGACCUCCAGUCACUAAAAAUUGCAGCGGAAAUGGCGAAACGCCUGAUUUUACAAAUGGAGGUAGCAGUGGAGGAAAGAAAAGAUCUAAGGUGAAUUGGCUUUAUGUGAGCAUAGUGCUUGGAUUUGUGAUGGGUUUUUGGGGAGUUGUGGCUCCCCUCUUUUUCAUCAGGUCUUGGAGGUUUGCUUAUUAUCAAAAACUGGAGCAAAUUGGUGAUAAGUUAUACGUGUUUUGGGCUACUAUUGGUAUGUAAUUAUUUGUAUUGGCAACUCAUUUCGGUGUGUUUGGUAAUGUAAUAACUUGAUUUGCAUAUUCUUUACUUAAUCCAUGUAUUCGGAUUCAGAAGUGGUAUUACAUGUUGUAAUUUAUUGAAAUAAAAUAAAUUAUGUUAAUGUAUUUG